AACCGAAAUUCCGAGCCACGAUUUUGCCCUUGUUGGACCGCGGUGUCGUGUAUGCGAUAGCGCAUGUCCGUGGCGGCGGUGAAAACGGACGCACGUGGUAUGAAGCGGCCAAGUAUCUGACCAAGAUAACAACAUUUACCGACUUUAUUGCGUGCGCCGAGCACUUGGUGGCCACCAAGGUCACUUCCCCUAGCCAACUGACGUGCGAAGGUCGCAGCGCUGGCGGGUUGCUUGUGGGGGCAGUGUUGAAUAUGCGCCCGGACUUGUUUACGGCGGCGGUGGCGGGAGUGCCGUUUGUGGACGUGAUGAACACCAUGAGCGACGCCACGAUUCCGCUCACGACCGGCGAGUGGGUCGAGUGGGGCAACCCAAACGAACUCGAAUAUUUCGACUACAUGUUGCAAUAUUCACCCUACGACAAUGUCAAGGCCCAAGCGUAUCCCAACCUGUUCGUGACCGGCGGCCUCUUUGAUCCCCGUGUGGCGUAUUGGGAACCCACGAAAUGGGUGGCGAAGUUGCGUGAUUUGAAGACCGACAACAACCAGGUGCUGCUCAAGAUGGAUCUGGACGCUGGGCACUUCAGUGCGAGCGAUCGAUACCAUUACUAUAAGGAGAAGGCGGUGGAGCUCAGCUUCCUCUUGGACCAGCUCAAGUACCACCUCAAGUGCUAA